UCACGUUGGUUGUAGCCAUCUUCUUCACAUACAUGAAUGAUUCAUUCGCCCAAUACAUGAGACAGAUGUCCAUCACCAUCUCUAUUCUCUAAACACCUAUCAAUACGCAUAAUUAUAAUACGUAUCCUUCCUGUUAAUUAUUCCCGUUUUUUCUCCGUCAAUCUCUCUCGUUUGAAUAUUCAACAAUCAUCAUCAUCAUCACCAACGAAUCUUCUGCUUCAAUUUCAAAGAUCUGACUGCUUCCUGCCUGAUUCACUUUCACUGGUAAAAUCUUCACUUUCAUUUCUUAUUUCAUACUUUCGUCUUCUUCGGUAUCCACCGAUUAAAGCGGCGAUGGAUAAAGAGCCACUCCUAUCGACGACGAAUACACCAUCGGUACUCUGUCCUCUACCCGAAGACGAUGAAAUCUCCAUACCUGUAACCCUAACCCCUUCAGAGUUCAAAGAUAUGCUUAUCUUUGGCUCUCCAAGAGAACCAAUUGUUGAUGCGUUAGCUUUGUCUUUCAAUAAUAAUCAAAGGCCGUUUGCUUCUGAUUUGAAUUCGAAUUCGAUAUUAAGCCCUGAUGGUGAUCCGGAUCCUCCUCCGUCAUGGUUAUCAGAUCCUAAUUAUUCAUUUGGGAAGACUAAUCUACACCGCUCCAAAACAGCACCUGCUAUGGCUGCGAUUAAUGAUUUUGAGCAUCCUGCAGCAGAGACCAGACCGCCUCAGUCCAGUUCAUCCUCGAUUGUUCGCCAAGCGGUAUUGCUUUUGAUCUUGUAUUUGUCACUUGGUGUCGUCAUUUACUGGUACAACAGGGAACAUUUUGUUGCUUCUGAGACACAUGUCGUCGUUGAUGCCCUUUAUUUUUGCAUAGUUACAAUGUGUACCAUCGGCUAUGGUGAUAUAACGCCUAAUACUGUUGUCACCAAGCUCUUUUCCAUUAUGUUUGUGUUGGUUGGGUUUGGGUUUAUUGAUAUCUUGCUUAGUGGGAUGGUUAGCUAUGUUCUGGAUCUGCAAGAAACUCAUUUGUUGCGGUCGUUAAAGCAUGGGGGGCAUGAUGUCGAUCAUGAUCAUCCUUCGUAUAUAAUUGAUGUGAAGAAGGGGAGGAUGAGGAUUCGGAUGAAGGUGGCGUUGGCUUUAGGGGUUGUGAUUCUUUGUAUUGGGGUUGGUGUUGCUGUUAUGCAUUAUGUUGAGAGGCUAAACUGGCUUGAUUCCUUUUAUCUGUCGGUUAUGUCUGUGACUACUGUUGGGUAUGGUGACCGGGCUUUUAGGUCCAUGGCAGGGCGUAUUUUUGCUUCCAUUUGGUUGCUUGUGUCCACCCUGGCUGUGGCUCGGGCCUUUCUCUAUUUGGCUGAGGCUAGAGUGGAUAAGAGGCAUAGGAGGAUGGCUAAAUGGGUUCUUGACCAGGGUUUGACCGUUUCUCAGUUUCUUGCUGCGGAUAUUGAUAACAACGGCUAUGUCAGCAAGUCAGAAUUUGUGAUAUACAAGCUAAAGGAGAUGGGAAAGAUCUCGGAGAAAGACAUAUUACAAAUAUGCAAAAUAUUUGAUCGGCUGGACACUGGAAACUGUGGCAAGAUCACGCUGGCUGACCUUAUGCAGAGCCCCCAUAACUAGAAACAAACACGAUCAUGUGAAAACAUACAUGGCGAUGGGUGCAGUAGCAGUUGCAUCUGGAGAGUUGUAGAUAGGUAAAACUCGGCCCGAGACGAGGCUAUUUAUUUAUUAUUUUAAUUUUGGUACCGAAUUGAGUAUGGACUCGUGCAAGCUUGCACUUAGCAUUUGUAUCCGACGCAAGUAGCAAUUUUUAUUACUUAGAAAAAAACAUGUAGGUAUGGUUUGAAAGUUUUUCCUCUCUUCGUAAUGAUCUGUGAGAAACAAUCAUUAUUAAUUAUUAAAUUUGCCAUCCAUAA